AUUAAUACAACGAGUGCAACCCUAUUCAUAAUAUUCAGAAUUAAUAAUAAGCUAGAGUGCAAUUGCUAUACCAAGAUGUACUGUGCAGGUUUAUUAACCAUAAAUCAUUGCUCUGUGAUAUGCGAACCUCCUUCGAUCUUAAGUUAUAUAAAUAACUACGGAAAUCGCAUAGCUGACGAAAAACAAAUAAAAAACAGUUUUAACGUCUGAAGAAAAAUAAAAAUCAUAAUAUUUUUGUCAGUUUAGAGUGUCAUCAAAUAACAUAACGAUAAGUGGAAUAUUUUGAAUAUUAUUUUGUUGCCUUGUAAAAUCAGCAGAAACACAAUUUUUGGGGUGUAUGUAGAAGACUAAAAUAUGGAGAGUUUGGAGACUCGGCUGUUUAUAUUGCUUUGCCUGGUCUCAGCGUUUUUGCAGGUACGAGGUGACAGCUGUAACUUUAAAGAAAAACAGGUAGUUUAUCUAACGGACGUUGGAGAACUGGAACUCUCAAACAACAGAAAACAAGUUAAUUUUCAGAUUACUGUACCAAGAAAUUGUACAUUGAAAUUUAACAUGCAGUCUACACCGGAAAUGAAAGAAGAUGAAUGUUUUAUGGAUGGCUUUAUGACUACAUCACACAAUGUUGUCCCAACACAAUUGUCACUUUGUAAUGGUGUGACUGGCGAAUUUGCUUUAUAUGAUGGAACAAUACUUCGGAUAGAACCAGUUUUGCAACCUGGCAUCGAGAUUAAGAGAAUGGAAAUGGCGUCCGUUCCGCAUCUUUUAACAAAACUUGGUGAAGAUAUUCGAGCUCAUGAUUUUUCUCGUCGCAUUCGAACAAGAAGAGCUCCAGCGAAAACCACAGUAUUGACGCUAAUCAAUAAAUCCGGAAAAGUAGUUUUGUUCUACUUUAUGGACACUCGUUCUCACAGGCGAAGAUAUUUUCUUCGCUUACGACUGAAUGAGAAAAACCUAGUGAAGACAUAUGUGGGCACAACAUGGCUGGCUUACGAUCGGCAACAAAAUCCAUUGUUAUUAAACGGCCGCUUCAAUUUUCUCGUCCAUCCAAAGCACGCUGGCAAGAACGAUGUGAAAGUAGUGAUAACAUCGAAAACAAGCAUUUCAACCGCAACAAGACUUGAACAAUUACCAGAAAUAAAACCGAAAUUCGUAGAAGUCUUGGUAGUGGCCGAUCAAUCGAUGGUGAAACAUCACAAAAAUAAAACAAAGAAAUAUAUCAACACAUUGAUGGCUAUAGUUAAUGAAAUAUUCCAGCACAAAUCAUUGAAUGCAAGCGUUGGUAUUGCUGUAACAGAUAUCAAGAUACUAGAGAAUUACACAAGUGAUUUAGACAUACCGCUGAGCAAUUCGCGCAAAGCAUUACAACAGGCAUGCAAAUACACCUAUAAUUUGAAGAAGAAGGAAAAUUUAAAAUUUGAUAUUAGUGUUACGAUUACAAGGACAAAAUUUGGUGUCUCUGGAUUUACACCGCUGUAUCGCAUGUGUGUGGAGUAUAAGAGCUGCACGGUUAUCCACGAUGCAGGAUUUCAUUCAGCAUUUAUUAUUGCUCAUGAAAUUGGUCAUGCCAUUGGUUUGGCACACGAUGGAGAUCAUAACAAGUGUGGUCCAGAUGGUCCCCGAGGUAGUAUUAUGUAUCCCACCGUAUACAGCAAGUUUACGAGAUACUUCUGGUCAAAUUGUACGAAAUUUCAAAUCAGGGAAAAUUUAGAUUACUUUCCAUGUUUAAAUAACAAGCCAAAAGAAUACGUUAAAAGAAACGAAACAGACCUUCCUGGUGUUUAUUUCAACAUUGAUGAGCAAUGUCAUCUUUAUCAUGGACCUGGAUAUCGAAAUUGUUUAGGAGCUCGAGGAGCUGAUCAGUAUUGUCAAAUUUUGUUUUGUCGCAUACCUGGUAAACGAAAGAGAUGUUCUUAUUGGUCGCUACCACCCAUUGAUGGAACAAAGUGCGCUGAAGGGAAGUGGUGUUUCAGAGGGAAAUGUUUGCAACACGGUUUACUUGGUCCAAAACCAAUAAAUGGUUCAUGGUCAUCUUGGCAGAGAUGGGGUUCCUGCAGUACAACAUGCGGUAGAGGUGUACGUCUUAGAAAGAGAGAAUGUGAUAACCCAAGACCAGAAUUUGGUGGAAGAGAUUGUAACGGAAGUUCAGGCGAUUGGACGAUUUGCGAAACAAAGCCUUGCUAUUACAAACGCGUGUUUGCUGACACGCGUGUUGACAUGUGUUACUACGAAGGUGGCAGUGCAUGGAAGUGGUUAAGUGAAGAAACAAUGAAACAUGAAGUUGACGUGUUGAAUCUGAAUUGUACGUUUGAACAUGGCAUAUGUGGCUGGAAACACGUUAACGAUACGAAAUCAACAUGGAUUCUCCAUUCUGGGAAAACACCAACUCCAAAGACUGGACCAAGAUAUGACCACACAUAUAAAAACAAAACUGGCCAUUAUCUCUACAUGGAAUCGUCACACCCUCUUCGCUAUGGAGACAACAUUAAACUGACGAGCCCAAUACUGACCGUGCCAAAAGUUUGUUUACGGUUUUACUAUCACAUGUAUGGUGAUAAGUUAGGAUUUUUGCGAGUAAACACAAGCGAUUCCAAUGAAGUAUGGCGAAAAACUGGUGAUCAUGGGCAAGUUUGGACGCUUGUGGAAAUAUCUAUCCAGCAUCAAGUUGGAUACAAGAUUAUUAUUGAAGCUGUCCGUGGUAAAUCAUACUUAAGUGAUAUAGCAAUAGAUGACAUAACAUUAACAUCUGGUCUGUGCAAACAAGGCAAAGAAGUUUGCAGGUUACAUUGUCGUGACACAAAAGCAAACGAAAAUAAGGUUAUCACUGUGCCAAACGGAGGAAGGUGUGAUGCACAAACAUCUAAUCUGUGUGUAUAUGGAAAAUGCCAGGUAGUCGGGUGUGAUGGUCGAAUUGGUUCUAACGCGACCCUAGAUAAAUGCAGAGUAUGCGGUGGAAACAAUAGAAGGUGUCAGUUGCAUCAUGACGUGUUAAAAAUCUCUCCCGAGGAACCUACAAGUACCAUUUUGAAAAUACCAGUUGGUUCUACAAACAUUGUCGUAUCAAAUAGAACUCCUUCGAAUGGAAAGUUAGCUACUCGAUAUGAAAAAACUGGAAAAGUACACUACUACGGUGGCUCUCCCACUCAUUCCUACGCUUGGCAUUACUACGUCUUGGUCAAUACUACGUUUCGGUAUCAACCAUUUGAGAACGGUACACAAGUAAUUUAUGGAUCAGGACCAAUAUCAGAUGAUAUUCAAAUACAGCUUCUCUUUCCAAGUUCCGAAUUCAACCAAUCAGUGGAAUUAUAUAUCGAGUAUUCCUUCUACGCACCAAUCACCAUCCACAAUAAUACGUAUAUUUGGAAGACGCAUUGGUCAAAAUGUAGUGCUGAAUGCAAUGGAGGUAUUCGCAAGAGCAGUUAUAAAUGUUUUCACAUCAGCAGAAAAACCACCGUCAAUGAUAAACAUUGCACAUUACCCGGUUCCGUGUCUCUGGUGAAAAAAAUAAAAACAUGUAACACGCAUGCGUGUAAAAUUAAGUACACAUACAAAGAACAUCCUUGGAGUGAGUGUUCACCGUGUGGUAUAAUCGGAUACCGUACCCGAAACGUAACAUGUUAUAAAACAAUUCAAAACAACAAACCGAUUAGGGCGAAAAUAAAAGAAUGCAAAGAGAAUAUACCAAUGCCAGCAACUGUAAACAAUUGUUUUGUUUAUUGCCCAAGAAACGAGAGUGUUUGCAACGAACUAUCAUCCGUGUGCCCAAGUAUGUUGAAGAAAGGCUAUUGCAAAUAUAAAAAUGUGAAAACAUUAUGCUGUAAAACGUGCAGGAAAUGAUGUCCCAACUCAUAAAACUA